GAACCAAACGGCCCGAAUGUGACAAUGCACUGGAAUCUCCAUGGAAGAGAAGGUGUUAUUUACGCACACAGGCCUAACCACCUUCCUCUGAUAUUCAUAUAAUAUUCUACAGCAGGUUAGCCGGUUAGGCCUAACCACAGCUCCCAGCCGUUGGUCACCUAGCCCAAAGCCUAGCCAAGCAGCCGUCUUCAAAAGCUUUUGUCGGGGUUUUGGGUCUCUCAAUCGAGAUCGAACCCAAUGCGGAGACAAAAUGGUUCCUCGUUAGAGUUCAUAGCAAUGAAAUUCAAAAUGCAUUGAAAUCUCAGUUUCAAAUCCAUGGAAGCACAAACCACCCCGCAACUGAAAAAACCUCCAAAACCCAGCAAGCCCAUGACAGAGCUAUGGUGGUUUUUCGCCGCAGCCGCCUGCGUAAAGCUGCUUCUGAUCCCAGCCUACAAAAGCACAGACUUUGAGGUCCAUCGCCACUGGCUUGCUACAACCCACUCUCUGCCUCUCUCUCAAUGGUACUUUGACGAGACCAGCCCUUGGACCCUUGACUACCCUCCAUUCUUUGCCUACUUUGAGCGCUUCCUAUCUAUUUUUGCCAAUCUCAUUGACCCACAAAUUGUUCACCUCCAAAAGGGCUUGAAUUACAGCUCAAACACAGUGCUUUAUUUCCAAAGAAUCUCUGUUCUCUUCUCGGAUUUGUGUCUUUUGUAUGGGGUUUAUAGAUUGACUAGGAAGUUGGAUUCAACGAGGCAAAAACUGAUCUGGGUACUGGUGGUUUGGUCUCCAAUGCUUGUGAUUGUGGACCAUUUGCAUUUUCAGUACAAUGGAUUCUUACUUGGGAUUUUGUUGAUUUCGCUUUCUUAUUUGGAGGAAGGGAGGGACUUGAUGGGUGGACUAGUUUUUGCUGUGUUGUUGUGCUUCAAGCAUUUGUUUGCUGUGGCGGCACCAGUUUAUUUUGUCUACUUGUUGAGGCAUUAUUGCUGGAAAGGAUUUGUGAGAGGUUUCUGGCGGCUUUUCAUUUUGGGAGCUAUUGUUGUGGCUGUUUUUGCAGUGGCUUAUGGACCCUUUGUCUAUCAUGGGCAGAUGCAACAAGUCAUCCACCGCAUGUUUCCUUUUGGAAGGGGACUUUGUCAUGCAUAUUGGGCACCAAAUUUUUGGGUGUUCUAUAUCAUACUAGAUAAAGUUCUUGCUUUCUUGCUGGGAAGACUUGGAUUCAACAUUCAGGCACCAGCAGCUUCAUUCACUGGUGGGAUAGUUGGGGAUUUGUCCCCUUUUGCUGUACUACCUCAGAUCACCCCUGUCACAACUUUUAUCCUGGUUCUGCUUGCAUUAUCUCCCUGUCUCAUCAAGGCUUGGAGGCAUCCACGGCCGGUGAGGAUUACGAGAUGGGUAGCCUAUGCUUACACUUGUGGGUUUCUUUUUGGGUGGCAUGUUCAUGAGAAAGCAGCACUCCACUUUGUCAUCCCCCUUGCUAUUGUCGCAGUACAGAGUUUGGAUGAUGCUAGGCAUUACUUCUUAUUAUCAACUGUGUCCUGCUACUCGCUGUUCCCACUUCUAUUUGAAGCCCAGGAGUAUCCAAUAAAGGUGCUGUUGCUGUUGCUGCAUUCCAUGCUUAUGUGGUUAGGUUUCUCUGCGCAAUUCGCUAAGCGUAUAUCACUUGAACUGGCAAAAUCUGAAAAGAAAAAAGAUAAAGAAGGGUUUGUUAUUGGGUGGGUUGGCUGGAGUUAUCUGGUUGGUAUUUUGCUUGUUGAAAUUUCGGGUCAGUUUCUGCAUCCCAUCAUUCUUGGUGAUAAGCUUCCUUUUAUACCCCUUAUGCUGAGCUCCACAUACUGUGCACUAGGAACCAUGUACUCUUUCAUUUGGCAAUUAAAAUGGAUUCUUGAUUCAUGAUUGUUCAGGUUUUGACUAAA